AUGACGCCGCCCAAAACCAUUGUCAUCGUUUCCUCGCUCAACAGGGACGACUUUGUGGUUGCUGGCAACCGUCUGAUUCUGGUUGUGGACGAAAUCAAACUUAAUGUCCUAAAUCAAGCUGUUGACGGCAACCGUGAUUACUACCUUCAGCAUAUCACCCUGUGGUCCAAUUUGGCAUUUUUGCACCGUAUAAUCAUCAUUCUCGAUGACGAGACUGCCGCCCAGCAAUUGAGCGAGUUUUUGGCGUCGCUACAUGUUCUGAGCGAUGCUCGGAUCAAUUUGCAAGAAAAUCUUCUUCUGAGAUCUCGUUCAUUUGACAACUUUCAUACCCAUAAAGUUCAAGAAGAAAACACAUUGGGGACUCAGGAUAGCUUGAAACGAUUCCGCAACUUCCAUAAUGGCUUGGGUGGGGAUUAUGAGGAGCCUGAACCGCAACCUUUCAGUGCUUACGAAGACUUGCAAAAACUUGGAAUUGAUUUGUCUGAAUUUAACUCUGAGGAACAACUACAAGAAUUGAAGGAAGGAGGUGUAAAGCGAAGCCGGUCCGUCACCAAAACCUUGUUCAAACCAAAGAAAGAUGAAUUCGAUGGUCCUCCACAAUCGCCGACUAUCACACUUGACGAGACUUUUUGA